UUUAUUCUCUCGUUUAUUUGUUUUCGUUGUUUGUUUGCUUACUUGCUUGCUCUGUUUUUUAAAGCAAGCUUUCCACCAGCCACCAGUGAAGAGUUGGAUUCGGAGUGCCGGGUGGUAAGAACUAAGAAGCUAGGUGAGGUGAGGAUCCAAUUUAACUACCUCAAAUGUGCCUCCUCUAAUUCUCUGUGUGUUGUCCUCUAUUUUUUUUUUUCUUCUGGGUUUCAACUUUCAUCUCAGUUCUUCUUGAUUUCAUCUUGGAGUUGUUACAUAGAGCAUAGAGCUUAACUGAUCAAGUGCGAGCAUGAAACACCCACAUGCUCAGUCUCCAACUAUUCUUUUUUCUCUUCUUUCCAUUCUGAUCUCCUUUCACUACGCUUGUGCAUCUUCAGCACCUCGUAAUUCCUUGCACAGAGGCUCUUCUCUGUUAGUUGAAAAUUAUGCUUCAGACCUUCUUACCUCCGCGGAUGGAUCCUUCACCUGUGGAUUUUACCAGGUUGGCGUAAACGCCUUCAGUUUCGCAAUUUGGUUCACCAAUUCCAAAGAAAGGACAGUUGCUUGGAUGGCUAACAGAGACCAACCUAUCAAUGGACAACGCUCAAGAGUCUCACUGCACCGAGAUGGCACCAUGGUCCUCACCGAUGCCGAAGGCUCAGCCAUUUGGUCCACCAACACCACCAACACCAAGGCGGAGAAAGCCGAGCUCCUGAACACUGGAAACCUUGUCCUGAAGGAUCCAUAUGGUAAAGUAUUGUGGCAAAGCUUUGAUCAUCCCACCGAUACUCUUCUUCCUCUGCAACCCCUCAUCAGGAACAAUAAACUGGUCUCUGCAACGGGUAACAACUCAUAUUUCUCAGGCUACUAUGCUCUCUUCUUCGAUAACGACAAUGUUCUCAAAUUAAUUCAUGAAGGGCCUGACUUUUCCAGUGCCUAUUGGCCUAAUCCUGAUGUUGGUGUACUAAAAAAUGACAGAAUCGGUUACAACAGAACCCGAAUUGCAGUGCUUGAUGAAAUGGGUAGGUUUUCAUCAAGCGAUAGCAUGAGAAUAUCUGCUACUGAUUUGGGUCAUGGAAUCAAAAGAAGAUUAACAAUGGAUUAUGAUGGUAAUCUCAGACUCUAUAGCUUAAACGAGUCAAAUGGGUCCUGGGUUGUAUCAUGGGAAGCAGUCCCACAACAGUGCCUAGUACGAGGACUGUGUGGAGAAUAUGGAAUUUGUGUUUACACACCAAAACCAAAGUGUUCAUGUCCACCAGCUUACGAGAUGAAGGAACCAAGCAACUGGAACAGUGGUUGCAAGCCCAAGUUCAAAGGAAGGUGCUACCAACCUCAGCAGGUGAAAUUCGUUGAGCUUCCACAUACAGAUUUUUAUGGGUUUGAUUUGGGCCCCGGACAGUCUGUAACACUAGAAUCUUGCAAGAAUCAGUGCUUACAGGAAUGCUCUUGUAAGGCUUUUACUUAUAGGUUAACAGGGAAACCAUUCUGUUUUCUGAAGAGUGCACUCUACAAUGGUUUCCAAUCACCAGACUUUGAGGGCACCAUAUAUUUGAAACUCCCCAAAAGUUUGGAAACAUCAGGAACCUCUGCUCCAAUGGGUUCUGAUCUCACUUGUGGAUCCAAAACACAAGUGUUAGAGCAUUCAUCCGGUAUCGGUAGCACGGGGAGCAGCAGGGCAAAAUGGAAAUACCUAUACUCAUUUGUUUUUCUGAUUGGUGCAAUUGAGGUGUUGUUUAUUGCAUCAGGUUGGUGGUGUCUCUUCAGGAAACAAAAAUUGAAAGCACCAAUGGAGGAUGGAUACCAAGUAAUGCUUAAUCAAUUCAGGAGAUUUACUUAUGCUGAACUGCAGAAGGCAACCAAGAAGUUCAGAGAAGAGUUGGGAAGGGGUGGCUCUGGGGCCGUUUAUAAGGGAGUUUUGGAGGACAAUAGAGUAGUGGCAGUGAAGAAAUUGGGAGAGGUGAUUCAAGAAGAAGAAUUUUGGGCUGAGGUGAGCACACUUGGGAGAAUCAACCACAUGAAUCUAGUUAGAAUGUGGGGGUUCUGUUGUAAAGGGACAGAACGAUUGUUGGUCUAUGAGUAUGUGGAAAAUGGAUCACUGGAUAAGCACCUGUUCUCCAAUGCCAGCAUUAGCAGAAGCAACACUAGCAGCAGAGCUAGUCCCCUAAAUUGGAAACAGAGGUUUAAGAUUACACUAGGAACAGCUAAAGGUCUGGCAUACCUUCAUCAUGAGUGCCUUGAGUGGGUAAUCCACUGUGAUGUCAAGCCUGAAAAUAUUCUUUUGGACAAGGAUUUUGAGUCUAAGGUUUCAGACUUUGGGCUGGCAAAGUUAUCUCACAGAGGUGGGUCUGGUUCAGAGUUCUCUAGGAUUCGAGGAACAAAAGGGUACAUGGCUCCGGAGUGGGCUUUGAAUCUUCCCAUCACUGCAAAGGUUGAUGUUUAUAGCUAUGGGGUUGUACUCCUAGAGAUUGUAAAGGGCAUUCGACUGUCCAAUUGGGUGGUGGUCAAUGGGGAAGAGGAAGCAGAAUUAACACGAUUCAUCAGGAUGGUGAAGAGAAAAAUCAAGUAUGGAGAAGACACAUGGGUUGAUGAUAUAGUGGAUCCAAGUUUGAGAGGCCAGUUCAACAGGAACCAGGCAGCAAUGAUGAUAGAAAUCGGCAUAUCAUGUAUAGAGGAGGACAGAAGCAAGAGACCAACCAUGGAUACAGUAGUACAAGCUCUACUAGAAUGUGAAGAAGAUGAAUCAGAAAUCAAUACUGCAAACAUGUUGUAGUUCAUAGUAUCAUGCAGAAAUAUACAAAUUAUAACAAACAUGCCUGUAGAGAUUUGAUAAUAUGUACUAGAACCUUCUUUCUAUUAGCAGACAUGAAUGUAACAAUUCCCUUCCAUUGAGAACAAAUUAUAUAAUUUGCAUGAGGCAGAGCUGUUUAUAGAAGUAAUAUAUCAAUGAAAUGCAUCAAA